UUUAUACAAGUUUCGAAAAAGAGCAGCUCGAAAUCAACAUAAGAUUACAAAAAAGAAACGAAACGACCAAUAAUUUUUUCUGGAAACGUGGCUAGCACUGAAAAUAGCCAAGCAAAUAAAAUUACGAAAAUGUGGUCGCGUCUCUUGAUAGAAUGGCUUAAUACACACUCCAUGCUGCUGUUUGGCAGAUUUGAUGCCGGAGCCAGCCAUCACAACAACAAGAAAUGCAAGAUUUUUUUUUCUGAUACAUUUACCUAUCAGGAAUCUCACUCGUCACUUCUUGGAUAAACAGCAGACCUUCUUUCCCGAUUCACGAGGACCGACUUCUCCUAUCUGGUGGAUUAAACUAUUCUGUGGAUACUUUUGGAUGCCUGGCCGUAUUUCCCAGGCUUAGAGGUACUUGUUUCAGACUGGACCGCGGUGUAAUCAUGGCAGGGUCGGUGACACUAGCUUCCCGAUCAGAUCUGUUCUGUCUUCUCUCUUUCUUGGAUUCUCGACUGCCAGCACACUGCGAAGUUCAAAUGGUGGUCAAGGCUGCGCUAUUGGCUGCCAAUACUUCCUAUCAGGUUUUCUUUCUCCACGAAUCCCCUUCGAACGACACAUAUUCAGCGAUUGUAGCCAUCAAGAAAGAAAAUGUGAUUAGCCAAACUCAACAGAAUCAGAAAAUCUGGAACUUGGCCGAAUGGAGCAUUGACGAAAACGCUCUGCUUCGCGUUUACGAAGCAAUCGACAUUGACUGGAAAAGAGAUUUAGUAUUCGCCUUUAACAAGCAUCACAAUCCUCACGAGAAAAUUCUCAAGUUUCUCAAGGAUCGAGAUCGUCUUGCUGAGCACCGCAUCUACUCUGCCGGACGCUAUGUUCUCGACAUACCCGAAGCUUUGAAACUCCAGACGACGAGCUUGCCAGAUGAGGUAUACGUGAAAAGUUUGGAACGUCAUCAUGCUCCGCUGAUUUACGAGCACUGGACGGCGUUCAAACACACGACGACCGUGGACGACAUAGCCGACGAAAUUGAUCUGUUACCUUCAGCUGGUCUUUUCUUGAAGGAUAACGACGAGCUUGUUUCUUGGAUUAUGGGCCACGCUCCGAUGGGCAUGAGUCGUCUUUUCACGAUGGACGGACACCGCCGUAAAGGUUAUGCCACGCUGGUGACACUUUACAUGUCCAAGCGAAUGGCCCAGUCAGGCUUUCUCCCGUUCGUCAACAUUGUCGUCGGCAACACGGCUUCCACCAAGUUCUUCGAAGGUUUGGGUUUCCGUUUUGUCCGUCCUCUCAACGCCAUACUUACUAAACCGCCGAGCACCGACCAAACCGCAACAUCUGCUACAAAUUGAUUCUAGCUUUUGAAGGGG